CACUCAAAAAAUAACGCGGGACACAACAGAAGUAUGUCCGUUGAAUUUCGUCUUAAAAGACCUAAACCUACUUAAAAGAACUAAACUGCUUUAUCAUCUGCUAAGACUUGUUACUCUCCAAUCUUUUUUACAAUUAAAAAACACAUUCCAAAAGCUUCCGAAACCUUUGCUGUCGCCGUUUGUUGUGAACAGUUAAGGUGGCAAGAUGGAUUCUACGGAGGACUUGUCUGCUCGGGUUCUUCUUAAACAUAUUCUCACUACCGAACCACCUAGGACUCCUGUCACCCGCAGCAUCUCCAGAGGAAACAAUUCCGCAUUUAUCCGCCACACCAGAUCGAGCAAAAAGAAUGCUGGUGUACAAACCCCACAGGACAUCUUGAGGCGCAGUCUAAGGCAGAACCUGCGUGAGAGCAUAUCCAGGACGCAUCUUCCACCUGCUAGCAAAAGGAGAACCGCAUCGGUCGUGGUGAGAAAGGCCUCAUCCCCCAUGCUGUUUGACGAGGGAGACACGCCGAGGCACAUACUCAUGAACAUUUUGCGUACAGAGCCUGUCAAGUCCCCUGUGAUUCACGAGGAAGUUGCACCACUGGAGACACAGGUGCCUUCAGCAGACAGCAGCGUUGUCACGCAUUCAAACAUUGCGCUGUCUGGGUUGGAUCUGCCUGAUCUAACUUUUGGCAAUGCAGCAAGUGUCGCAAAGAGGCUUAGCCGAAAGAGACCACGUCGCAUGGUCAAUGUAUCCACUUUUGAAAAGAGGCUCAGGGAGGGAGAGGGUGAAAAUGAAGAGGAGGAUUUGGCACAAGAGGAUCUGUCGCUGUCUUUGUCAAACGCCACUUCCCUGAGUCUAAAAACGCCCUUUGGGAAUGUUCAGACUGAGAAGAAAGGCCUGCGGAGGAGAAUUGCUCAACGUCGAAAAAUCACAGAGGAGGGUUUUGGUGAUGCUGUGAAUAAGAUGCUUUUAGAUUACGGGGCGAGCGGCUUUAUGCAAGGAGAUCCAGACUUCAGUGAGAGCGCCCAGGCUGAGGCUUUCACUGUGAAUAAACUCGAGCUCACUAAUGACAUUAGCCACUCUAACACGUCUGAUGCCCCCGUCUGCAAUGUCUCUAUCCUUGGGAUACAGGACCAGUCCACCGUUGCAGCGUCUCAGAUACAGAGUGCAAUGGCGAUGGGGGCACAGAGCCAGCUGGAUGCAGGGGGUGGAGUCGUGCACAUGUCUGGAAGCCAGGAGGAGAAGAAUACAGCCCAUUGUGAAGCUGAAUUAGAGACACCCAAGUCUGAGGAAGAGGAUGAUGACGGGGAAGAAGAGGAAGGGGCAGGAGUUGAGUCUCAAACUGAAGAGGAUGCUGCAGCGCCAUCUGAGGGAGAGGAUGGCAUGGAAGAAGGGGAAGGGACUCCAGUUGACUCUCAAGCUGAAGAGGACGUUGCAGCGUCUUCUCAGGAAGAGGAUGCUGCAACGCCAUCUGAGGAAGAGGACGGCGUAGAAGAAGAGGAAGGCGCUCUAUUUGACUCUCAAGCUGAAGAUGCUGCAGUGCCAUCUAAGGAAGAGGAUUGCAUGGAAGAAGGGGAAGGGACUCCAGUUGACUCUCAAGCUGAAGAGGAUGUUGCAGCGUCGUCUCAGGAAGAGGAUGCUGCAAAGCCAUCUGAGGAAGAGGAUGGCAUGGAAGAAGGGGAAGGAGCUCUAGUUGACUCUCAAGCUGAAGAGGAUACUGCAGUGUCAUCUCAAGAAGACGAUGCUGCAAUGCCAUCUGAGGAAGAAGACGGUGUGGAAGAAGAGGAACAGGCUCUUGUUGACUCUCAAGCUGAAGAGGGUCUAGCAGCAUCAUCUCAAGAAGAGGAUGCUGCAACACCACUUGAGGAAGAGGACAACAUGGAAGAAGACGAAGAGGCUGCAGUUGCUGCUCGAGCUGAGGAGUCUGCUUCAGUGACAUCCGAGGAAGAGGAUGCGACUGCUACCAGGUCUCAGUCUGAGGAAGAAGACACAGCUGAUGAUGAUGAUGACAAUGACGGCCAUCAGCAUGAUGAGCAAGGGUCGAAAUACGACAUGGAGCACAUCAGUCUACAAGCUCCUCGAUCCGAGGCAGCUCUUGUCAUGCCUGUUGAAGAGGCUGACAUCACGGAGCCUGGCUGGCUGAGAGGCUCGGGGGUCAAGAACAGAACCCACAGGGAAGAAGCCUCUGGUAUUGAAGCAGGACCCGCCUUUCAUCAUCUGGAGGUGAGCAGUGACAAAAGAUACGGCGGUCACCCCAUAGAGGCUCCCCCUGCUGAGGAUGCGGGCCCACAUGAACAGGAAGAGUGGGAGGAGGAAGACCACGAAGAAGAAGAUGCAGAAAUCCCCAUGAAGACUCCAGCAUUUGUUCGAGAAAGGAGGACUUUUCAAGUGGCUUAUCAGGCCUCGCCCACUGUUUUAAAGCCUCAAGCCAGUAGCACAAGUAAUGGUGUACCUUUACCGAAACCAAAACGAGUGAGGAAGCCCAAAAGUACAACAGUCAAGAAAGGCACCGGCCUUCCUAAAAACUACCUCAUGGGUGUCUUCAGGCACUUCGCCAAAGCAAAGGUGUCUGCUGAUGUUUACCCCGUCUUAAAUGAGAUAAUGGAUAAAUUCUUUGAGCGGAUGGCCGACGACCUGGAGACGUUUGCUGCUCACGCCAAGAGAAAAACCAUCGAGGUUGAAGAUGUCGAACUGUUGUUGAGACGGCAGGGUCAUGUGAAUGACAAGGUGCCCGUGGAAGUCCUGAUUGAAAAGUACCUGCGCAUGGACCAGCGCAAGCUCCUGAUCCCCAUCGCAACGAGCGGGAACGUUGUCAUCCCGAAAAUGAGGCGAUGAAUUAACUAAGAAUAAGAAUGUUUUUAUUGCCAUUGAAAGUGCAUCCAAUAUGUCACACCAUAAAAAAAACACACACAGUAAAUAACAAGUAAACAGAGUGUGUCAGAGUACAUUAUAGGCGUGGUAUGAAAGAGAAUAAGAGGAAUGUGAAAUUCCUUGUUCAUGUACAGGUAUAGUAGGUGAAGGCAAAUUGGCAGUAUUCAAUGCAAUGACAGCUCUCACAAAAAUGUUUAUUAGCCUUUUGGUUCUGGUUCUGACAACUGAUGUUUAUUCUUCAAUAUAUAAGUUAUUCAUGUCAUUUGUUGUUUCUUUUAAAACAGUAAAGUGGGCAAUUCUGUGUGUUAUGUAUUAUUAGGUACGCUUGAUAAAACAUACACUUUGCAUCCCAUGCUGGUAAUGGCAGUUUCUCUGAAAAGUUGUGGAAUAUUAACUGGCUUUAUGGUUCUUUAUUACUGUCUUUUGGGGGCUUUAAAAUGUUAUUUUUCCCUGACCAAAUAAUCAGUUCCCAAAAAUGAACUUCUUUUAAUAAGCGGAGCAGAAACAAAAUCAUCCCCAGUAAGCAUUGCUGUAUGAUUAUAGCAUAUGAUUAUACCACCCAGUACACUUGUAUUGAGUAAAUACACAUGCAAUGCUGUGAUAGCAUGUCAUACACAGUUCACAGCCCCGCUGAUUUGGCUGCAUGGUAUCUGGGGAUUGCUAUGAUAUGCUGUAAUGUUUUUUGUAGUGUUUGUCCUAAUGCAGUGGUUCCCAAAAUUUUCAGUCGCGCACCCCUUCAGACAUCUGACUGUAAGUCAUGUACCCCCUCCAGAUAUAUAUAAAUAUAUUAUGACAUAAAAUCAUGUCAUAUUUUUCUACUACACACAUAGGCUACUAAUUUAAAACACAUGGUUUUAGAGUUGUCUUCUGUUUGGUGAAUUUAUAUUAUGAAUGAUUAUUAAUUAUAA